AUGUUCAAGUCCCCCAGUCUCUAUCCCAAAUCACCUGCAUUCAUUCCGUUUGGCGCCAACGAUGACGAGCUGGAGAAGCGGAAGAUUAGGGAGGAGCGUCAGGCAGCUCAGCGUGCCAUUGUCACGGACCCCCUUUUCACGAAAACUUCUGGUCAAUUCGAUGAGGGCGGUGCAAGCGGCUUGCUCCUGUACAAUCUCCCCGUGUUCAACGGGUGCGAGAUCAUGUUCGAUUCGGAGGCCAUCAUCGUCGACCCUUCACGCACGCAGCCGGAGGAGCAGGGGAAGGAAUACGUGGAUAUCUCCUUUGCAUCUCGCGAAGUGGAGCUCCUAUUGAGCGCGGAUGACCCUGAGAGCUGGGAGAUCACUCCGUCCAUCUCUGCUCUCUACGAGCUGGCUGAAGAUAACCGCUGGAAGGCAGCUGUUGGUGCCUGUGCCAAGGACUCCUCUCAUGACAUGGAUGGGAAUGCCGUUAGGAGCGCAGAGGGAUUUAAAGCGUUUGAUGUGGGAGAUGAACCAGUGGGUGGGGUGGGGGGAGGGUUUCCGUUUGGUGAUGAUAAUGACGAUGGAUCUGUGGUCGAUUUUGGUGGUGGGGAUGACGGGUGGAAUGAUGAUAGGUGUGGGUUCGCUGGCCCGCCGUUUGCUGGUGAUGGUACUCCUGGGAUGAUCCCAGCUGGGGAUUCUGAUGGGGAGAACGGAUAUUCGGAUGUUGAUGAUGGAAUGGACGCUGCGGAUUGGCUGGCAGCUGGCAUGGGCAUGACGAGGCUCAAGGGGAGCAACGCGUGGGCUGGCCCUAAGCACUGGCACUUUGUUAAGUCCAAGGAGGAGGUACCUGCAGCAGCUCCAGAGGCGAAGGGGAGGAAGAAAAGGACAGCAAAGUCGGAGCUUAUUGACUUCUCGGACCCUCAAAUCGACGAGUCCUUGUUUCAGGCCCCUAAAGCGCUGAAGGAAAUUCAGCUGACGAAGGCUGGUCGCAAGGUGGUCAAUACCUUGCUUCCGAAGGACUACCAUUAUGAUGGACGCAAGUUGGCUACGGUUUUUAUAAGCUCGGAUUGGAGCUUCUUGGCUCGGAAGGCCAGGGGGCGUGGUGGCGCGAAGCAGGGGUUUGAGGAUGGAGGAGGUGGAGAUGGGUUUGCAGCAGUUGACGGUGGUGACGAUGGGUUUGGGAAUGACUGGGGAGGGGAUGAGUGUGCUGAUCCGUUUGACUAUGGGGAUGAUUUUGAUGGGCAAGGGGAUUCUGCAGAGGUCAAACCAGCAGAUGAUUUCAUGGAGGAUCUGGUUCCAAUGCCAAAGAAGGCACAAAAGAUUGAUGUCAACUAUGCGAGACAGUCAAAGCAGGUGGAUGUGAAGAUUCUGAAAGACACGAUCUGGGUGGAGCUACAACGUCACCAUGGCUAUGAGAAGGAGGAGCAGCAGGACGAAGGGGAAUUUUCCUCAGGCCCGAUCAGCUUUGAUCGAGUGCUGCAUAAUUUCCCGGCCAACUGCAGAGCAGCUGCGCUGAGCGACAUUUCAGUGCAUCUGUGCUUCAUCUGUGUGCUGCAUUUGGCAAAUGAGCAUGAUUUGCGUCUGCAUGCGUCAGAGGAUAUGAAUGAGCUCGACGUUCAUCUUCCAUGCGAGGUGUAUCUUUUUUUCUUCUUUUUCUUUGUCAUUUAUUCAAAACUAAUCGCCUUACAUUCCUACUCCGACCUCCUUCCCCUCCUCCCCUCCUUCCCUGUCCCUCUUCCCCCCUCCCCCCACUUCCCCCCUUCCCCCCUCCCUUCCUCUCUUUCCGCCACAGCUGCGGCCAGAGCUCCCCCGGACCUCCCCGCGCGCUCCUCCCCCUGGGGCAUCUUCUCCCUCUUCUCCUCCCCCGCAUCUCCGCCAACGCCCCUAUCUGGGCAAGGGCCCAGGUCCGCGGGAGCUCCCCUUGGGUCAGCAGCUGGGGGAGCUCCCCGCCCCCCCCUGCUGUACCGCAUGCGAGGAGCGUUCAGUUUCCUGCUCGCGCUCAACCUCGUGCUGGGAGGUCCGGGGGAGUUCCCCCUGGAUCAUCGGGGGGGUUCCCCCUGGAUCAUCGAUAGCAGCAGUUCCCCGCCCCCUCCCCGCCCUCUGCUGUACCGCAUGCGGGGGGCGUUCAGUUUCCUGCUCGCCCUCAACCUCGUGCUGGGAGGCUACAUGCUGUUUAGAGGAAAGGCCUUGCUGAAAGAUGCAGCACGAAUGCCCGACACAGCCGAAUUAGACGCUCUCAUCUGCCCAAUUGUCCCCUCCACAUCCCUUCUCCCUCACUCUUUCUCUCCCUGCCCUUCGUCCACUACCCGCUACACCAGGCUACAUGUUGUUUAG